AGAGUAAAAGGAGAACAACUGUUAGAGCAGCUUUGUAUGAGUCCUUCCAAGACCCGUCCCAGCAUCUGGGAGAAGUCUCACCAUUGCCUGUGCCCCCUCAUUCCCUUCCUGUUUCCUCAUAGUGCCUCAGACACCCCCACUGCUCUUCUGAACAAUUUCUGGUCCAGAGAACCAGCCAGAUUCUAUUUCACCCCAGGCUGUGUGUGCCUGUCCCGUAAAAGGCCAUGUGGCUGUACCUGGCGGUCCUCGUGGUCCUGUACUACCUCCUGCGCUGGUACCGGGAGAGGCAGGUGGUGAGCCACCUCCGGGACAAGUUCGUCUUCAUCACGGGCUGUGACUCCGGCUUCGGGAACCUGCUGGCCAGGCAGCUGGACCUGAGAGGCUUGAGGGUCCUGGCUGCAUGUCUGACAGAGCAGGGGGCUGAACAGCUGAAGAACCAGACAUCAGACAGGCUGCAGACGGUGAUCCUGGACGUCACCAAGACAGAGAGCGUUGCUGCGGCAACCAAGUGGGUGAAGGAGCAUGUGGGGGACAGAGGACUCUGGGGUCUGGUGAAUAAUGCCGGCAUCUCCACACCCACUGCACCCAAUGAGUGGCUGACCAAACAGGACUUCAUGAAGAUUCUGGAUGUGAACCUGUUGGGGGUGAUUGAUGUCACCCUGAGUGUGCUGCCCCUGGUGCGGAAGGCAAGGGGCCGUGUGGUCAGCGUCUCCAGCGUCAUGGGCCGGGUGGCCCUCUUUGGUGGAGGCUACUGCAUGUCCAAGUAUGGUGUGGAGGCCUUCUCAGACUCCCUCAGGAGGGAGCUCUCCUACUUUGGGGUGAAGGUGGUUAUGAUCGAGCCUGGUUAUUUCAGCACCAAUGUGACCAGCCCUAAGGCACUUUCUCAGGGCCUCCAGGCAUCAUGGAAUCAGACCAGCCCAGAGAUCAAGGAACUCUAUGGAGAGAAGUUCAUGGCUAACUUCAUGAAAUCCAUCAACUUGUUGGAGACAACCUGCUGCCAGGAUCUGUCCUUGGUGACCAACUGCAUGGAGCACGCCCUGACCGCCUGCCACCCCCGCACCCGAUACUCACCUGGCUGGGAUGCCAAGUUCAUCUACCUCCCCAUGAGCUACCUGCCCAGCUUCCUGGUAGAUCUCAUGGUGUACUGGAGUAACCCCCAGCCUGCUAAGGCCCUGUAACCCAAGACUGGGGUGCAUUGUAGGGGGGAGAUGCGUACAGAGUGGGGAGAGGAUGCAUUGGGGGAGGGAAAUAGAGUGGAGAGCGGAGUUCUCAUGUCACCAGGACACCCAUCCCACCUCACUCCCAUCUCCUCCCCAGUCUCCUCUUGGGACAUUACUUAGGACUCAGGGAUAUUAGAAAGAAACAUGUUUUGUAGUGAGAAACUGAGAUCAGUAGCUCUUGUCUGUGUCCUGUUCCUUCAUCAGCCUCUCAAGGCUCUGAGCCUUAUGGCCCUCCUGCCACCCUGAGGAAUCCAUACUUAAAGGGAGGGUUGAGCAGCCGGGAAGGUCCAGGCCCCCCUCCAUCGUCGGCCCCUGUCCACCUCUUCCAGGUGUGCCUUGGCCCUGGCCAGUGUCCCCCUCCCACUGCAGUGCACAUGGGAGAUAAGAACUCUUCUUCCCUAAAGAUACCUGUAGUCAGGGAUGUGUGUGAAGGGUGACCAUCAACCUGAUACAUCAGCCUAGGUGCUAACUCAGCCAAUCUUGGCUGGAAAGUGGUGUCAUCAUUGGAGGUCCUGACAGAGAACACAGAAACCAAUUCUUCUUUUGUCUUGAAAUCUUAAAUUUCCAUUGAUUAUAUUCCCUUAAAAGAAAAUUGAGACAUUUUCCCAGGCCCAGUGAUUUUGAACACAGCCUUGGGCAGCAAUGUGUGUGUGUCUAUGAAAGGAAGAGUCAGAUGACCUCAUGGAGGUGUAGGGGUGAGUGGGAACACCUGAGGAGGAUUUGAAGACGAAAGUGAGGUCAUCCCUUUGUCUGCAGAAGCGAGGGGCUAAUGUGUCUUUCUGGGGAUUAUCAUGUGACCUGGGGUCCCAGGAUUAGCACAAGGAUGGACAAACAAGAAAGGUCUGUAAGGGAUAGGCAGGGCCCAAACCCUUCCCUGGGGACAUGUAGCAUCUCCCUCACCAGAAACCUCCCUGCGGUCCUCCCUGGGUCUCCUCCUAUAGAGUCACUAUGCUCCAUCCUUUGCCAACUGCCGGGUCCCCCAGCCCAGAUUCCCUUCUCCCACCCUCCAAUGGAGGUGAGUGGGAGUCACUUCUGGAGCCCAGUCUUAUGUUUUCUGCUAACACUUACUGAGCACCUACUGUGAUCAAGGCAGGAAUUCCCCUGAUGUCCCAGUGCUUCCAGAGACCCUGACUCUCUGUGUGUCCUCUCUUCCUAUGAUGGUCUGAGUAUGGACUCAGUGGAGAAGGCAUUUGUAUGAAGUCAUACAGAUUUCUUGACUGAGUGCAAACUGAAGUGGGAGGUAUCUCCCAGUCAUCUUAGUUCACCUUCCUGAUUAUAAAAAUUAGGUUAUGGAGACUUUGGGGAAUUUUAUGCCAUCGAAUAGUAUGUUUUAAUAUUACAUACCUUAAAAAAGCCUUGACUUCAGAUUUCCCUGGUGUUCCAGUGGUUAAUAAUAUGCCUUGCAAUGCAGGGGUUGUGGGUUCAAUCCCUGGUUGGAGAACUAAGAUCCCGCACGCAGUGGACCAACUAAGCCUGAGGGCCUCAGCUACUGAAGGCCACAUGACACAUCCACAGGUCCGUGUUCCCACUGAAAGACCUCACACAGUGCAACGAAGAUCCUGCAUGCUGCAACUAAGACCUGACACAGCCAAAUAAAUAAAUACAUACUUUUUUUAAAAAGAUGUA